CCUUGGGGUUGUCUGUGAAAAGACUCUCGAUGAAUAGUCAACAAAAGACCUUGGAAUUGAAAUCUUGAUUUUCUUGAAGACGGGAGAAACAGAUUGUCUUCAAAACACGAAGGACCGACUCCAAAAAUACUAUGUGUCUAAGCCCUAAAUCUAUCAAUGUUUAGGCCCCGUGUUUGACAACAAGAUAGAAUUGGGGCAUUUUUUUUUUUUGACGAUAUUGAUUUUCUCAUGGUGCAGGUACUUCAUUCAGCCUAUAGAGAAAUAGUUUGACAGGAAACAUACAUUUGUCUACAUGGCCCAUAAAAGAGAGGACGAGUGAACGUGGCCAGCUUUUUUCUAAAACAACUGUCAAAGCAAAUCCACCAAGAAUGAAGGGUGUAAUAGCUGACAUUGAUGCUGAUAAAGGAGACUUCCCAUUGGCCAUUCAGCAGAUAAUGAAUUAGUGAUUAUCAACCAUUAAAUGUCUGGAGCAAAUUGUUGGCAUGGCUAGAAGCCUGUUUCCACUUAGGUAUCAAAAUGAAGUACCAGAGAUUAUUAAAGUAAAUCAUUGCCAAAGGUCAUCCUAGGAAUACAUAUCAGCCCUGGACAAUGAAGUACUUUAAAAUAUUAAUUGGUUAUGCACAGUAAUAUGUAUGAUAUUCAGCAUAAUGGAUUUCGAAGUGAUGAACCAAUGUAUUAAAUGCAAUUUCCCAUCAGCAGCAUGACCUAUGGCCCCACAGUUAAGAAGUGUGUAAAUGUCAGUAUGAUAUAAGAUGGUUGUGUUGAGGUAGAAUGGAAUGGAGAACUCUACAACAAAUCUAACAACAAAGGAGUCGGAACUUAACAAUUUUCCUUUAGACGUUAUUGUACCUGUUUCAGUUACCAUGGUUUUAAUCAUGGUGAUCUGUCUCCUUGGCAACAGUAUUGUGUGCUUGAUCGUUUACCAAAAGCCAGCAAUGCGUUCAGCUAUCAACCUUCUCCUGGCUAAUCUCGCAUUUGCAAACAUUGUUAUUUCCGCCGUUUGUACGCCAUUUUUUAUCCUGUUCCUUUGUAGUGUAAGGACGCCAGUCAUUGCAUGUAAAAUUCAUGCAUUUAUAUAUUAUGUAUUUAGCAUGGAGGCUACAUUCAUUCUCACAGCUAUAAGCGUUGAUCGAUACUUUAUUAUUGUACACCGUAAAGACAAAUUGAACCCGCGAUUGACUAAGAUUGUGAUUGGAAUAACGUGGGUGGUAAGCAUUGUCUUAUGUUUCCCGCCAGUUUUCGACGGUUUUUCCAGUUACACGUUCAGUAACGUACACUGCUUUCCUCGUACAUCGAAGGGCAUUGCUGAUACAAUUUACCUCUCAAUACUAGCUUUAACACUGUUUGUCGUACCAAUAAUCAUUAUGCUUUGCACAUAUUUAAGAAUCUUGGACACCGUACGUCGAAACACAUGUCGUGUGCAAAACUUUCCUGAGUCGUUAAGUGUCAGUCAAGCCAGUAAGCUAGGACUGAGGCGUAUAGUCUCGCCUAAACCAAUGGUUGAUAUGGCAUUCAAGACCAGAGCUUUUACAACAAUUCUCUUAAUUUUCUUUGUUUACCUUGCUUGUUGGUUGCCAUAUUGUUUAGCAACGACCAUAUAUUGGUUUGAUGAAACUAAAACGUUGACACCAACGAAGGAAAUUAUUUUUGUUGGGCUGACGUAUUUGAACCCCGCGAUAAAUCCAAUCAUUUACUGUUUGCGGAUUAAAAAAUUCCGUGAAGCGUGUCUGGAAAUCGCUCCAAAAUUGUGCAGUUUGUUUCCUAAAGCUCCUCAUCGAACAAAACGACGAGUAAAACCAAGUGCUAUUUAUGAGUGUACUGACAAAGUUCAGUCUUCAACUGUUCUUUAGUAGAGUCGGCCAAGUGCUUUCGGAAGGAAGACAAGUCGAAAAUGUGUAGAAAAAUAUUGCUUUUAUUCUAUGAAUAUUAUAAAGAAAAUAAUGUGAAUUUAUAAUGCUUGAAACCAUGUAUUAUCAAGUGUAUAGCAUUGUUGACUCAUUCAUAAUUCUUUUUUGGUAUAUUGUUGUGGUUGUUAAUUUUAAUUCUAUUAAUUAUUUUUUAAAUUUUAGUAUUAUUAAUUCUAGGUUUUUAUACGCUAGAGAGGUAAUAGCCAGUCAGCCUAUUCUCAGCUAAAACAAAUGACUAAUAACCAUUAGCCAGUUUUUGAUCCGUGAGUUUGAAAUAGAGUGGCCCCCAGGAGGGACUUUCUCAGAUAGAUUGUCCACCCACCUUUUCCCCCAACAAUGGUGGGAAAAAAAAAGAAAUAUUGUUAUGGCUGGAAAUUGGAAACUGACUCUCCCAAUUUCCUCCAUAUAAAAAAAAAAAAUUUCGAAAAAUUUAGGUGCCACUGUGCAAAGUUUGCAUCCAUUGCAAAGUAAAACAAUGUAACUGCACAAAAAUAUAAUCAGUUACGUUGUUUUGCCAUUGGACAGCCGUGGGCUCUCCUUGAAUUGGCCGCUGAAAACAUAUCUGUUGCUCAACCGAGCACACAACGUUUUGUUAUUCAUACUUCAUCAGCGAUGACAAUAAAAUUUCACUGUUUUGUUUUUCUCAUCCUGUUCUUAAUGGAAUUAACUACGGCAACCAAUUGUUUCGAAAACUAACUGGAUAUUUUAUGAUUAUUAGAACAUCAUUUGUAAAACGCAUCAUGGCAUUAUUCCAUCUUCAACACCAUUUUCGUGUCAUAUUUUUUUCACUUAUUUACACAUUGCAUGCUAUGCGUGGCCUUAUAUCCCAUUCAGUUCGACAAAGCAGCUACCAAUUUUGUGUUUAGCUCGCGGUGUUUAUUACAUAUGCCUGCCCUCUUGGCGUCUUUACCGUGCAUUGUUUACACUAAGUAGAUACAUUUAAAAUAGCUUUUGUAUACUGUAGCAACAAUCGAUGUUGGAAUACGAACAAACUUGCAAUUUAUUGCCUUGAAUUUUGAUAUAAAAAAAUUCAUAGUGGUCUAAAAAUCAGUAGGCUUGCAUUAUUUUCUGCAUUUUGAACAUUAAGUGAAGAAAUGAUUGAAAUUUGAAUGUUUAAAGGCAAAGUCUUGGGAUUUGAAUAGAAAUGAAAAGGAAAUUUCUGAAAUUUCCAAAAAUAAAAAAAAUGAAAUGUCAAGGAUUUUAGGGAAUAGAAAUAUUGAGAAAUUGUGAAAGAAAAAAUGAAAGGGAAAGCUCUAUAAUUAAAAGAAAAAAAAAACUUUUAAUAAACAAAGUAGAAAGAAAAUUUGAGAAGAUAGGAAUAUGUAAAUGAAAUGUAAUUUUUUAAAAGUGCAAUGAAAAAAGUGUUACUGUAUAUAAAAGUGAAAUUAAAAAGAUGCUCAGGUGCUGAAAUUGUGUUUUAAAUUAAAGGCUAUAUAUUUAUACACAAGUUAGUAACGAGUGUUAAUUAAGUGAACGUAUAACAUAAUGCAAUAUUAAGUAAUGAAUUAUGUGACCGGCUUGGAAAAAGGCCCGCCAUUUGUCGCAUUUUAUAAUUUCGAACAAACACCCAAAACGUUAUAAGAUUCAGAAUUUUGCGUUUUACAUUUUAUAAAAGAAGAUAUAUUUCUGAAAAAUAUCAAUCACUGAAUCUAACAGUAAAGAGUAUUAAAAUUAUUUUUAGAUACAAAUCUUAAUAAUAAACUAUUGAUUAGAAAUCUUUGUUGGCUGUUUUCUUUAAAACCUUUCAUGAUUGAUAUCCAAUGAAUUUAAUAUUCAUAACUUUGCUACUGUAAUACUCAAUUUCCAUCAAAUAAACACUGUUCUAAAGAACUCAUGCAGAAUCUAAAAAUACCAAGAAGUCAUUUUUGGAUUUUUACAAAAUAACUGGUUUUGCCUGAGCCGGUCACUUAUUUGUAAUUAGUUAUGCAAUCGUUCUGUUUUUAAACAUAAAUGUGAUUUAUUCAAAAACUAAAUAGUUGGAUAUCCCACCUAUGUACUGUAUGUUAUAUUACUGUAUUGUGCUAGCAGGGGCAGUUCCAGAUUUUCUUUAAUGGGGAAGCAAAACAUUUUCAGAAUAGAGCGAGUAGUACGUAACAUUCAUAUGCAUUGAAGUUUUUGAAAUUUAGUGGCAAAACAGGGAGGGGGAUGCAUGCCCCCGUGCCCCAAUCCCCUGCUGGAUCCGCCACUGGCUAGCAGCAAGUCUUAAUUCUUUGGUGCUAAACUGUGAAAAUGUAAGUUAUAUCUUUCUCAAAGAAAUGGCAAAAGGGUAUACCAAUAAUGUUAAUUAACUCAUCAAUUAGUCAUUUUUAAUGUACAUUAAAUUAUGCUUUGUUUUUGUAAAAAAAAAAUGCAAUUACUGUAAGAUGUAUUUUUUAAAAUUUAUUUUUGUUUAUUUUUUUAAUUAUUAUUUUUAUUGAAUAUUUAUCUCACUGCUUGAAAAAAAAUGACAACUCGUACUGUGUGCUAGUAGCUAUCUCUUUUGAUGAUAUAGUAUAUCAAAGGUUUUCAGGCCUACAAUAGCAAAGUAAUUUACCAGGUAUUUUGAAAAUUGUAACAUAAUUUGUGAUUUUGAAAUCAUUUGGUUUUUUUUUUAUUAAUGGCAGAAUUAUAUAUUAAAAAUUGUAAAUUAUUAAAUCAUUAUUAUUAUAAAAGA